UUACUAAAUCUAGCGGUCCUACAUGAGCAGCGUACAUGUUCAGCAUCAAUAUGUAAUGGCUGAAAUUCCACGUUAAUCUAAAAAAUUGAAACAUGGCUUUGCAGUUUAUGUCUAACACAGAUGAUAAAUUUCUGGAAGAUAAUCUUCUGUCGUCCGAGGAUUGGGGGGAUCCUGGGUUCUACAAUGGAAAUCAUGUACGAGAUUUAUCAGAAGAUUUAAAUGUUGCUGAAGAAAUGGCCUUUAAUUCUGGACUGGAUGAAGAGGAUGCUCUGUCAAGAUCUAGUGACCUUUUAUCCAGUAUUACCUCAGGUGACCUUAGUGGUGACCUCAGUGUUGACCUGACUAAAACCUGGCUUGGCAUGACCGAUGAGGAACAUCACGCAGACACUACCAGUUUUACGAUUAAGAAUGAGCCCCUUUCACCUCCUCCGUCAUCAGAUUCGUCAGACUCCUCCAGUGAAUCUAGCCAAGCUUCGCAGACUUUACAGAAUGGUAACCAAGCCCAUGUCCACAUCAAGCUGGAAUCCCCACCCCUUACCCCACUCCGUGAUUCCAGCACAGACUCCCCAUCCCCACCCAUUGGUGGGCAGCACACUUUCUUCACUAUCGCCAAUGGAAACUUGCCAAACAAAGUCACCAAGUCCCUCGCCAGUGGGGUCAUCAAUGGUGCCAAGAAGGGCGUCGCCAUUGCCCCCAAGCCUACCAAUGGUGCCAUCAAGUUACCCCUGGCUCCAAAGCUGGAACCGGUGGCUACAAAAACAUCCAUUCACUCACCUACUAAGCCAACAGUUACUAUUAAACAAAUACCAGCAGCUGUGAGACCAACAAUCAUUGUCAAACAGAGUUCGCCAUCGCCGUUAGCAACAGGGCGUGGUUCGUGUGCCCCUCCACUAGCCAAACAGGCCAAGAUUAUACCGGUAUCCGCUCACAACAACAUUCCAUCACCCACACAACCUGUACAAGUAGUCACUCAGCCUUGCCCUCCUAAUGUUGAUGUAAAAGCAUGGAAGAGGCAGCAAAGAAUGAUAAAAAAUAGAGAGUCUGCGUGCUUAUCAAGGAAGAAGAAAAAGGAGUAUGUACAAGAGUUGGAAUGCAAGGCACAGAUCUUGGAGAAAGAAAUUCGGAGGUUGAGAUCAGAAAACCAUUCCCUUAGAAGUAAGAUGGAAACUUUGGUAAAGGAGAAUACAACUCUUAAGAAAAUGCAUUCGUCUCUUUUGUCGUCGCCUGGUAGGACAGCUACCUAUCUACUAGGAAUAGUUCUAAUCAUUGGAUUCAACCUUUCUCCGUUGAGCCUCUUCAAUCAAAAUGGCGGUGUAGCCUCCGACUUUCAGACGGGUAGUCAUGCGGGUCGUGCGCUACUUAGCUUCUCAGAAUCAACCAAUGAGAAUGCCUCAAAGCUCUACAGCCAAUCAAAUCCAGCCAUUCUCAGACACGCCUCCAUACACGACAUCAUGGAAGAUGUUCAUCUGUGGGAGAGCAUCGCCAACCAGUCGGCUUCAGAAGUUGCCAUAGCAACCAUGAAGGAGAUUCGCUAUCUGCUGCCUCAGGGCAACACGUCUUGCCCCCAUCAGAUGAAUAUUACAGACACCAUCAGGCUGACAGAUGUCCUUCAGUUCUGGGCUAAAAAACAAACUGUAGAGCAGAAGAAGUCCAAGAAAGUAGAAGAACUACGAAAGAAGAAGAAAAAGAAAAAGCGCGGUCAGCCCCAAUACAGACGCUUCCGUUCUGGUCCAGCGCUUCAUGUGGAGUCAGAUGAGAGGGCGCUACAACUCUAUGAUCACUUUUUCCAGAGGACGUACGACAAUCUGCUGGAGGCACUUAAUAGGAGGGAUGAUACGUUCUACGUGGUGUCUUUCAGCAAUGAUCAUCUGCUGUUGCCUGCCACCACUCACAACAACACCCACAGACCUAAGAUGUCUCUUGUCAUGCCAACAGUCACAGCUAAUGAGUCUAUGUGGAACACGCCGAAGGAUCACAUCUCCAUGAUGCAGAUCGACUGUGAGGUCGUGGAUACCAAGGUCGUACACGUCAAGAACCAUGCCUCCACCCCACCCCCGGUCGACGACCACAACAAGACCACUUACCACCGGUCUUCUGUCCCCGCCACCCCCCAGCAUAGCGAUGCAGCCACCAGGGGACCCCUAGCCAGAGCCCCACCCAGCUACGUGGCUACUGAUGAGAUUGGGUAUCACCCUCGGAACCUCACAGCAGUCAAUACACCAUAGCAAAGUGUAUGAAGCCUUAUAUCCGGAGAGUGCAAUCUCAGUGUCCAUUGUGUUUUAAGACGAGGUAUACAAACAAUUUUUCUAGCCCAUUCCAGAGAUGUCUUGUUUCUGUAAGUGUGUAUGUCUGACUUUUUACUAGAGUGGAACUUAUCAUAAAGAACUCUGAUAUAUUUAACAGGUAAUUUACAUGGUCCCAUUGUCCUCGUUAUAAUGAGUUUCCACUGUAUUUACUUCCUUGUUGACUCUCUUUCCAGAACAACAACAAAAUUGCGAAGUAGAAACAAAGAGAUUAUGUUGUUUUUAAUCAGAUUGUAUAAAUAUUUCUUAAGGGUAGAUUUCAGAAUUGAACAGAUUUGAAAUUGCUCUUGUGAGUAAUAAAUCAACUCUUAUGGUGAAAUUACCUAGCAUACAUGUGUAGAUAUUUGUUGAGAUAAAUUGAGUAUUAGGGCUGCACGAUAAGACAAUAAUGUUUGAAAUAUCACAACAUUGCGAGUUGAAUUAAUAUAAGAUAUUGAAUUUUGCCUUAAUACAAUAUAUUGCCUUCAAGCAAUAUUUAUCUUGAUACAAAAAGUUUGUUUCUGUAAUACAUAGUAUUGCAAAUAUUGUGACAAUAUGAGAGAAGAUUUGUAUGAAUUUAGAUUUGAUGUCGCUGCCCUCUCGUAAUUUACAAUUUCUUCAAAUGUGAAUUGAAAAGUUUUUUUUUUCUGAAAUAUUUUAAGUUAUGCUACUUAAGGAUACAUGCAUGGUAAGGUAUUAUGAUGUAUGAAUGUAAUUCCUAUGGGGCAAUUCCAAGCAUUAAGAAAUCACACUUAACAAGUAAUCUUCAGUUCUAUUAGAUUUUGUAUGUAUUUCAUUGUUUCAUGUAUUUCUUAUAUGUAUUCUAUUGAUUUCCAAAAUUAAAAAAAAAUCUACUUGAUGAUAUCAUCUAGAUCAACAUGUACAUGUAGAUCUAAAAUCUAAAAUAUAUCAAAAUCAAAAUCAAUCAUAGGAAGAUUAUAUCUAAUUUCAAAUUUGAAUAAAAACAUACAAAUUUCCAUUUUUUGUUUGCACAAAAAAGUAUCCAAUAUCAGAUGAUAUUCGGUAACAUUAUUUUGUAGGAGAUGACAGAAUUAAUCGUCAUCAUAAUUAAAUUCUAAAUAUUUCUUCAUUUAAAAAUUAUGUAAACAGUAACUUUGAUUUAUGUAUAAACUUUCAUGAGAAAUUAAUGGCCUUUUUAGGAAAUAACUUGAAAGUACACUGAAUUUGUUUUGGUCAUUAAUAAAAAUUAAUAAAGUGUAAAUAAUUAUUCAGAACACUGAGAACAGAAAUUAAUGCUAUUAUUGGAUCCUAUGUUGUUUGAACUUUGUGUAUCACUUCUAUUUUAGCAACAUCAGUACAAAAUUUUCUCUUCUGUGAAGUUUGUUGUAAUUUGUAUCGAUUGUUGACUUUGAGAUUAUGGAAAUUAUUAUGCAAAUUUCUGCAUUCAGCCCAGGCGAGUAAAAAUGUCUCAAUUGUAUUCGGAUUACAAAAAUUUGAUGUUAACAUUUUGUUUGACACCGAAUGUGGUAUGAUCACACAAAUCAAAAAGUUAUUACGGUUCAAGCCCUGUUUUGCUUGGAAUUGCCCGAUGACAAUUUUAUUUCUUGGGUAGAGUAAAAAGAAGUUGCCAGCAGAUUGUUCCUUCCAAACGGAUUUCCUGUUGAGUAGAUUUCAUAUGAAAUAACUUUUAAGGAACUUUUCAUUUUGUAUGAAAUAUUAUAGCUAUAAGAAGGUUAUAGGUUCAUUUUGCUGCUCUAUAUGUUGCAUUUUGUAUUCUUCAUCUCAGAGGAGAAAGUAAGCCAAGUAUUAAAUAUUUUUUAGGUCACAAAAAUUCACAAUUCAUUUAUUGUAAAUACCGGUAGGUGAAGGGUUUUUAAAAAACUAUUCUGUGGGAUAGCCAAUAAGGCCAAAAUAUAGAAUUUACAACUCAGAAAGUACCAAAUUGAUGUAUGCUUUAAGCAGCUGUGAAUUUAUACUGAGUAAUGUCAUUAAAGAAUAGAAUAAUUUCCAAAGCUUUUUCUUACUUUAAUAUCUAGAAAAGUACUCCUAGUUUGUUUAAAUUCCGUGGACAUAAGAGCUGUGCUAGUUUUUUGUUGUAAUACUAGUAUUUUGAUUCAUGGAGGUAUUGUAAAAUAUUAUAUGUCCUACAUGUUAUAUGAACUUGUCAAAAAUGAAGGUUUGAAUUAGAAUUACACCCUAUUUAUUAAGACUACCGGUACAUGAGUAGGAGCAUACUAUGAUCAUGACAAGAUGAAGUGAUAAGAUUUGAUGGUGUAAGAGAUCAAAGGUGAACGAUCAUAGGGUUAUAAAAGUCUUUAAAUAAUCCCAGAAAAUCCAAUUACUGUGAUCAUUUUUUUUUUAAAGAGGAGAAGAGAUCCUCUAGACUUGGUUUGCAUUCAGGAAAUGUCCACCAGUUCCAGGAAGCUCGAAAGAGGCGGUCUUGGGGCGACAGGUCUUUCUCUGUAAAUAGCAGCCCCGUGUUUGUGGAAUGCACUCCCUUCAUACAUUAAACUAAGCAAAACAAUUGAACUAUUCCACAAGAAUCUAAAGACCUACCUUAUGAAGGAAAAAUAUGAUUAACUCUCAUGAACAUUUCAAUUUCUUACUGAAUCUGUAAUUUGCAUUUGUUUUUUUGAUUUGUUGAUAUAUUAUUAGUUUGUUAACUUUAAUUUGUUUAAUUGUUUGUAUUUGAAAUGUUAAUAGUGAAUCUUUUUUGUGCACCUUGAGUGCCAUUAUAGGCAGAUAUGUGCGCUAUACAAAUCUUAAAUUAUUAUUAUUAUUAAAUUGCCAAACUGAAUCUUUGUAAAACAUUUUUUAAAUUAAAUGAAAAGAAUUUGGGAUCAUUGCUCAGUAAAUAUGCUACUUAGGGGAUGGUGGUAUAGCAGAAAAGCAGGUGUUUGGUAUUUGUGGGAUUGUGAAUCUGGUUGUAGAUAUUUGGUGUAGAAACUCACUGUAAAUGUUUUGUGUUUGAUAUAUUCACAUCUUCCGUACACAAGUGCCGACCCAUUUCAUCAUUUCUUCGCACAUAGACACAGUAUAGCAAGAAGUUCUUAUGAAUGGAGUGUGUAUAUAUAUAUGUACAGUACAUGUACAUGUAUAUCAUAAAAUUCAUUUUUAUGUGUUUAUGUAGUAAGAUGUUAUACAUAGUCUUUUUCAGAUUUUAGGAGAUUCUAAAUGAUAUUGUAAUUUUUUGUGGAGAUGAAUAUUGUAGGUAUUUAUGAUACAGAUAUAGGUUUAGGUUUUUAGGGAUUUUGUUUGAGAUGUUUCAAGGGGCUUUAAAAAAAAUACAUUUGAUAAACCAUAUUUCCAGGAAAAUAAAAUUGCGUUUGAAGGCAACUCAAUUGGCAAACAAUCAGGACCGCAUUUUUGGGACUUUUUUAGUUGCUUAAAAAUGCGACUUUUUAUACAAGAGGCCCGAGAGUGUAUAUUGUUCAUUUAAUUGCAAGGCCUUUAUCAUUCAAAGACAAUGAGAAAAUAUUGAGUUUGCAAUAGUGAUUAAUACUAAUUAAUUGUUCAAGCUACAUGUGAUAAACUACACGUAUAUGUGUUUGAUGUUGUCAUAAUGAUUUAAAAGAAUUAGGACAUCCCAGAAGACCAACAGCCCUUAACACCCACAGUCAACUACAGCCCAUGAAACUGACAUUUCGGUUUUAUGGAAUGUGAGUCUUGUGGGCUUGGCUGUUUUGCUCAUGGGCCUUCUGACAACUACUUGGCUGUCCUGGUUCAGCCAGAAGGGAGUAGACCACACAGCAAGGUCACUGACAGGUUGCUAUCUCAUUAACUCAGCUCUCAAUUAACAUCAGAAAAAGAGGAUCAUGGGGGACCAACAGGUACCGAUUGGGGAAGUUUUCUAUAUAGAGGGAGCAAGUAGCUACAAGUAGUACAGUGUGGCUUUAAGGGUAUAGCAGCAUGGUCAUUCUUUGGGGCUAUCGGUCUAAUGUCCUGUCUGUCAUUUAAGGCUGUAGCCCAAUGGACAGAUGACAUUUUUAUUUCAGUACUUCUGCUACCCAAGAUGCAUUAAAGGUGAAAGAAAUGGGAAUCAAGCUACCCAUGUGCGGACCAUGUUUUUUUUCAACCAGUGUAAUUUUCUGCUGAAUUUGUUCAUUUGUUAUAGUUUUUGUUGAUUAAAACAAUAUAAUCACUGUCUGUGAAGUGUUUUGUUUUGUAAUGUGAUCCUGUCACCAUUCAACAAAACUCAAAUUUGCAUUAAAAGUUUUUAAAACUCUACUUGUCUUUGCUAUAGCACAAUUUUUUUUUUUGUAUGUGCCAUAAAGCCCAUGAAUAAUCAAUUUCCCAAAUUGUUUCUUGUUUAGUCAGUUGUCUAUCUCGUUAUUAGUCAAGAUGAUCAUAUUCACUUUUUUUACUCUUAGUAUUUGCACAAACAUUGAUGCGAAAGUGUCAUGUUUCUACUCAGAUAUGAUGACAUUAGAAGAAGAAAAAAAGUAACAAUUUACACUGUGCAAUGGUAUGUUUUCUUUGUAUGUAAACCUAGAUUCCCACACAGUAGAAGUAUUUUGAGAAAUGUUCAUGUCUGUCUGUCACAUUGAUACAAUGUUUACUACGAGUAUGUUUUCAAAACCUUGUAAAUAUUUAUUACUAAGAUCUUUUGAAUAAAAGAACAAAUAAUGCACCUAA